GAUUGGAUCAAACCUCCUUAUUACAUCGUUUACACUCUCUUUUCCAUUCCUUUUAUUACUUUUGUGUUAUCUUGUUUAUUAAUAGUUAUUUGUUUAAAUUUGCGCUUAUAUUCGAAAAAGGAUCGAAUAACCAAUUUACCCCCCUCUUGGUUAGUUGUUCUUGGGCUUUCAUAAACUUCCUAUCAUAAAUUUCUCUCACAGAUUCUCCAAUUCUUCUUUUAUUCACGCUCUACAUCAUAUUUUGUUCAUUUUUUUAUUUAUCAGAAUGUUUUGAAAUAACACCUGUCGUUUCUUCAUGUUCCUUGUGUCAAACUGUUGUACAGGUGUAGUUGGCUUUGGUCGUUGGGAAGCAAUUACACACUAUUAUCUAACUAUUGGCUACAGCUUUUGCAUGUUAAUGUAUGUGUUGGAUUUUUUGAUUUGUUGGUUGCCAUUGAAUAAGUCUUACAUCUAUCUCUCUGCUUUUGUCUGCAGCAAAUUCAUUAAGUAUCAUGUCACUAAAUUUCACUUUAAUCGAGAUCAAGAGAAUAAAUUCUCUUGAAUCAUUGAAUAGAGGUGUUCAAGUGGUGGUUUAUGGUUCUGCUAAGGGAUUUUGAUGGUGGAGGCAAUUUGUGCGAACGUUUUCCCUUGCUCCUCAAGAGAGUGGAUAUUUUGUUCUGAAUGAUAUCUUUCACUUUGCCAAUGAGAAGGUUCCUCUUCAACCUCCACCUGCAGCAGUGCAGGAACAGAAAAAUGAUUACCAACCAAAUAUUUCUUCUCAUCUUCCUGAGCCACCGCGUAUAGUUGCUGGUUUGGAUUUACAGAUAUUUUUAUUUAACAUGAACACUAUUUUCCAAAUAGAGCUUGAAGUAAUUCUCAUAGGUAUCUGUCACGCGCAAGAGGAUUUUAUGCCUUCAUUUUCCUUCCUCAACUGCUUUUGACAGUUAACAAAACAAAGAUGUUCAUUUGAAUCUGUAACUUUUGGUGUCUAUGUAAAAGAAUUUCUAGAUUUCAUUAUUGCGUCAUCAUCAUUAUGAUUAUAUCACAGACACAUUUCCUCUUUCAAUUUUGACUGGAGCAAGUACUAAUUUAGCUAUUUCCAGAUUUCAAGAUUGCAAAGCCUUUUACAGUCCCUUUUUCGUGCUUGGAGUUGUUCAGUUUGUGAAACCACAGAUCGUUCUUUUAGACUUCUCUUCUCUUGACAACAAUAGUUCAUACUUUUUGAGAAUUGAAGCCAAAGUUGUGUGUGAGAAAGUAAUUUCAUAAAAUGGAAUCUGAAACGUUUACAAUCUCUCCAUUCAUUUAUAUACUAGUGCCGACUCAUACAAAAUGAUAUAUCUGGGCUGACACAGCAUUAUACACCAGAUCUGUAUAUAUACAGAAACAUUGAUUAUUGCAUCAUAUUUACAUUCCGACACUGUUCUAUUGAUUUUAUGUGAGAAAUGAUAUCUUGCAUGCAUGUUUAUAUAGUAUCUUUGGGCUAACAUGUUUUGUUUGCCAAAGCCUCUGACUAUGCAUUAGAGGUGGAGGCCAAGGAAUACAUGAACUCUGUUCAUAUUGAAGGAGAAGAGCUGGUUGAAAAAUACAGUUUUCAGGAGCACCAGAAGGAGCAUGAUUCCGAGGCUGAAAGAGUAGAUGAGGAACCUGCUUUGGAAGAAUCGAGUUUGUUCAUUCAAGAAGCAGAUAACACUGUGCAAGAAGCCGUGCCUGUUGCAGAAGAACCUGUUGGAGAGCUUCUGAAGUUGACUUAUGCUUCCAUAGCAUCCGGGGAAUCAAGAUCUGUCCAUGUGAAGAAUCUGUCUUUUAGUGUUACUAGUCUAGAUAUUCUCCAAGAGUUUAAGAACUUUGGGAAAAUCAAGAACGAUGGAUUCUUCUUAAAAAAUGGCCAGGAUACUGGUCUUUGCUAUGCGUUUGUUGAGUUUGAAGAUGUGCUGAGUGCUCGGAAUGCUAUCAAGUUUCUCAAACGUGCAAUUCAGAUCUAGGACUUCAGUUGGAUGGAAGGCCAGUUUACAUUGAGGAGAGAAGACCAAAUAACAGCAGUGCUUCUCGUGGAGGGAGUAUGUGUUCAUGAACUCCCUUUUCUUUGCCAAUAGAAACGUAGGUGGCUUAAGCCUUAAUUUUCACGUCUUCUGCUAUGCCAAGGGAAAAUGGCCAAAAUCUUUUCCAAUGAGCCGUCCACUGUCCUCUCUGUGUAAUACUACAUGUUAAACAUGCCCUCACUCUACUCAUCUUGGUCACUAUCUCUUGGGUUUCAUAUGACGUGCAUUCGUCUUAUUGUUUUUGCAGCAUCCUUCUGGGCAAUCAUC